AUGCCAUGUAUGUACUUCUCUGGAGAAGAGAGUAAAGACAUAACAUAUGACGACCCCGAGAAUCAAUCUAUUAGAAUAACUCCAACAUUAUAUGCUAGGGUGUAAAAUAACAAUUAACAAAAUACAAGAAUCUUUUUGGAUGCUCACUUAUUAAGGAUUCGAAAUGAUGAAAAGGAGCAAAACAGCUCUUUAGAAAGAAUGGUGCCCAAAAGUGA